UUAUAACAAACGAAUAAAUGUCAAGAGCUGCCAAUCGCACUUUCAUGUAAUGUGGAAACGAACAAUCUAACCCCAAUUAUAAUUUUUUUUUAAUGUCAAAAUGUAAAUGAGAUGAAUUAGCGUUUUCUCUCAAGAUUAAUAAUUAUUAUUCAGCAAAUUAAAAACUCAUUAUUCGCGAAUGGCGUUCGCAGGAAAGUUUCAUUAAAUUAUUUCCUUCGAUGAGAUGAGCGCUCGUAGCUAUGGUAGUGCGGUAUCGGUGGUUUCCCGGUGCGAAUCUCAUCGGACAGCUGAUAAGACAAAUCACGCAGCCAUUGUCUAAGGCGAUAGUGAGGCGUGUGAAGAAACGGCCGCUCGUAAGAAAAUAUGUCCUGAUUCAACUGGGACGUCUCUAUUAUUGGUGCGAGAACAUAAUAAGGUGGCAAGAUAUUCCGGCCGUGGUGAAAAAAAGACCCGCUAACGACGACCACGCGAUGGAAUUGGGAACGAAAUUGUUGCUCGAGGCAUUAGUCUUCGGACUUUUGGGGAGCGCACUCAUGUACGAGACGCAAAAGGCUGCAGAGAGAUCGCGCGUUAUCGAGCAGCUGAAAGAACAGGAGCUCAACGAUUUAGAGGCGGAGAAGGAUCAGCUGAUGCGGCGAGUUGAGGAUCAAGUGAUCUUGACGAAACAGCUCAAAGACAUCAUCGUGGAGUAUUCGAGACAAGUCGGGUGUACGUUACCGAGUGAUCCCACGGAGGAGAAAGGCCAAUAGAAUCCGCUCUUGAUUUGAGAUACGUAGAGCUAUCUGACUGGAAUCUCUCGGUUACAAUUGUAGCAACGUAAGGAAAGGAAGACGGAUAUCGCGGUGACUGGCGACAAUCAGCGAUUACUUUAACCUCUGACCUUCCUUGUGCGAUUCUACGGUCGGGUGAACAAACGGCAAGAUUUAUGUGCGGCGAAAACCAUUGAGUGCAAAACCGGCCCUUUGAUCGCGGUAUUGCCCUUGGACUAAGCAGUAAGGUGCUCAAGUCACAAAAGCGUCGCACUAACUACUGGCUAAUGUGCAAUCAAAAUCAUGCGAUUUGCGUGGGAAUUUUAAUUAUCGAUUGUUAAAAAAUUGGAUGGUAAACAAUUUACCACGCAUUAGCGACAAAAAUAAAAGAGAAUGAAUAUUAUCGUAUUAUAUCAAAGUAUUAAUAGCCGUUUAGUUAUAAACAUCCACAAAAUAAAGACUUUUAUGACCUUUAA